AUGUUUAUACGUAAAUUAUGUGUAUUAUUAGUUUUAUCAGCUAUAAUUAAAAUUUCUACUUCUUAUCAUAAAUAUCCAAUACAUACAGUUAAUUACCAUGUACGUGGAUAUUAUGAAGAUAUGAUAGAUCUUUGUAUUCGUUUUCUAAAUUAUAACCAAACAAUAAUAAAUACAAUUUGCCAUACUCGCAAACCACAGAAAACGAAUGGGGACGAACCAUCUACAGAUUUGUCAGCAGGAUAUAAACUCUGUUCUAAACAGGAUGCGUUUCCUCAUCAACAUGUUUUAUGUUCGGAUAAAGUUUUUUGGUGGGAUGGCUGGACAGGACAAAAAUUCUGUAAUGAUAUGCAUUUACAUAUUAGUGGUAUAGGAUUAGACGUCAAACUAAGUUGGAGCUAUACGAUAGUCAAUGGUGAUCAAAUUUGUACUUAUCCUUAA